CCACUGUCUUUGUCCCAGGUUGUAACUCCAGAAUCGCUCUGCUCCAGUUCUCUGAAAAAAGGGCUGAGAUGGCUAAGCAGCUCCUGGAGGUUUUUGACCCGCAGGGGGCUCCACUGUCCUGUCUGUGGUUUGGACCUGUUUACUUUGGGACAUCACGUAUGAAGGAAGUGGUUCUGAGAAACAAUGCACCCCAGGCAUGUAACUGGGUCUGCCUGCUCCAAGACACUGCUGCUGGGACUGAGGUGGGAACAGACGCCGCCCUGAUGAGGAUGGAAAGGUGCUGCCAGACCACCCAAGACGUCUCUCAGGUGUUGGUCUGUGUUCCCAAUCAAGGUCUACUGAAAGCACAUGAAAAAACCAUUGUGGCAGUGUGCUUCAGCCCCAUCUGCAAGAGUUCAUGCGAAGAGAAGAAGAAGAGUGAUCCCUCAGCCAGCCGACAGGACUUUUGUGUUUCCCUUCUGUUUGACUCAGUGGAAAGCAGACAUGGCCUCAUCCACCACAAUGGUAACAGCAGUGUGGAGCUGGCUGUGACAGGCUAUGGAUUGCCUGUGUCUCUGGUACCUAGUCCCUCUCAAAGAUUCGUUUUCCCUAACUGUGUGAGAGGUCAAUGUGUUGACCUGCAGUGUGUGCUACAGAACCUCUGCCCCCAACUUCCUGUCAGCUACCGCUUCCACAAGUUAGCACAUUUUACCACCAAGCCCUCCACUGGCACAAUUGCCCCAGGGCAAUGCCAAGAUGUAGUUUUGGUUUUUACUGCACGGCAGCUAGGGAGCUUCCAGGUGUGUCUGAAGCUGGAUGUCUUGGAUCAUGCUGUCCGGAGGGAUAGCAACACUGCUGUUACUGGACUCGAGCCUUGCAGCAUCCACACCGUCCCUCUGUACCUGUCUGCUGUGUGUGAGACCACACACCCCAAACCUAAACUAAAUCCUGGCAUCCUUCCAGCGGUUACCAAUCCAACCGGCUCACCGCCUGUCCUCAGCGCCGACAAAACACGACUUCACAAACAUCGCAAGGGGAGGAGUCAGGACACGGAGGGGGAGGAGUCCCUGGCUUUCCCUCAUGACAGAGCCACAAGCAUCAGGCCUGCACACAGACAGCGCAGACAGCCGGAAAAAGCGGAGGAUGACGUGGAUAUUGGGAUUGUUCCUUCUCAAGGGCUUGUUCCACCUUCACUCAGUGUCCUGGAGAGCAGUAAGAUCUCAGAGACCAAGCCAAACUGCAGCUCUGCUUCCCCAGCAGGCAAAUGUAGCUGCCCCCAACACAUGACAUCUACCACCCGGCAGGUUAACAGUCAGGUAAUGAGUGCAAUUCCCUCGACCAGCCAGAUGGUGGCAGACUGCAACAGGACUCUGACAGCUCACGAGCUCUUCCAAGUUGUCAUAGGUCCAUUGUUGGUGGACUUUGGAGAGGUGUGUGUGCAGUCAGUGUGUGUUCAGAAGCUGAAGCUGACCAAUCACCUGCCAGUGUUCGUGUGGCUGCAGUUUGAGGUGGACUGUCCUGAGCUGCAGGGUUCCUCCCCACUCUCCCACGUCCUGCAACCCCACUCCCUCAGCACCCUACCACUCACCUUUCAAAGCAAUAUGCUGGGUCGCUUCGACAGACCUGUAUCCUACUCCAUGAACAAGCAACACCGUGGUCGGAUACUGGUCCAAGCCCAGGUCAUCCCUGUGGCUCUGGAGCUGUCCACCACCGUGUUGGUGCUCCACCCCAACCACACUCUGCUCGCCCAGUCGGGAUACAGGAGCUCGGUAACCCUGAGAAACCGGCGUAACCUGGCGACAGAGUUCAAAUGGAGACCAGUCGACACAGAGAAUGGCAUCAUGUUCUCCAUUCGACCAUCUACAGGUGCAGUGGAGCCUUUCAGCGAGUUGGACUGUGAGGUGGUGUGGUAUCCCUCCUUCUCCUCCUCUCCAGAAGGAGACUUUGACCUCUGUGUCCAGGAGGGAAAUACACUUCGGCUGCAUUGUGUUGCUAAGGUUGCACCAGCCAGUGUCCGGCUGGCAGAGGAACAGGUCAGAUUUGGAUCAGUGCCUCUCAACAUGCCCUCGAUCAGAACUGCAGUCUUGCACAACACUGGAAAACACCAUGCCUUCUUCCAGGUGCAAGAUGUGUGUCCUCUGCCAGGCAUGGUGGUGAGUCCAGUUGAGGGCGUGGUGCCAAAUGGGGGACAGACUACGCUCAGGAUCCACUUCAACCCUGACUCUGUCAUCAGGUUUUCCAUCAGAGUAGAGAUUGCUCUAAAGAACAAGAAGUCCAUUGAACUCAGAGUGGACGGGUCAGUGGAGCCUCCAGAUGUCCACAUCAGUGUGCACCAAUUCCAGUUUUACGAGGUCUAUGCUGGUUCUCGGCGAUCGAUGCCAUUCGCUCUGACGAACCGCUCCUCGGCCCCAGCCAGUGUUACAUUUGACCUGACAGAACAUACAGACUUCUCCGUGCACUUCUCUCAGCCCUCAAAGAAGAAGCCAGGUGUAAAUGCUGUGGAAGUCCAGAGCAACCAGACAGUGGACUGUUCCAUUGUCUUCUCUCCCACCCACGUUGACUGGUAUGACUUUGAGCUGCCGAUGAUUGUCAACGGAGUGAGAUGGUCCGACAAAUCUUCUCUACAGUCUGUCACCGUUGCAACGCAACAGUCACAUCGCGUAAAGGCCAUAGUGCUGGGCGCCCCAGUGGAAAUGUCCCCUUCAAGCUUAGAGUUCCAUGUGGAGCCCCUGGCCCUGCAGUCAGAUGCUAACACUAAGACAGUGGAGCUGAAAGCAGUGUGUAAAGCCAGUUUUUUUUGGCAAUCAAGUGUCAGCAAACAUGUGAAAUGGUGGCUUGACUGCAGAGAAAUUGCGGUACAAACAGAAAACAGAACAGAAGGGGAGCUAUGUAUAGUGUCUCCAUCAUCAGGCAGCCUGGGUCCUAGCCAGUCCAUCAGCUUAACAGUCAGCAUCAACCCUGAGGUUAUCACAACAGGGUUCGGCAGAGUCACCAAACUGUCCCUCCCUCUUUACCUGGAAGACGGGAAGGGAAGAGAGAAGGAACAUCAACCUUACAGAGAGCUAUCCAUCACUAUUGCCCUACUUCACUGCAUCACCAUCCACCCCCCUCAAAUCUUCCUCACACCAACACCCCUGGGAAGCGAGGCAACUACCACAGUCACCCUGCUUGCCUCGGGAUAUCCAAGUGGAACGACCGUAUCUGCUGAAGUGGAUGAGGUGGAACUUGCGGAUGGGACAAAGAUCCAGCCCGUUUCCAUCAUCUUCCCAGAGGGCAACAGCAUCCCUGCCCAAAACCAGGAUCAGAGUCCUCGAGUCGGCAUUCAGAACCAGGAGCCCAAUGUGACCUCUCUAACCUGCAGUGUUGCCUUCUGCGCCGCCCUCCCUCUGUCCCUCUGCACAACCAUCACCUUCACUGACCACCUCCACAACAGGUUUAAGAUGAAGUUGAGGGCCACCGCUGACAAUUGUCUAUUAACAGUCUGGCCCUACAUGGCUCUGCAUCACUCCAUGCAUCAGAUUGUUUAUACUGGCGCCACACCUGUUUUAUUACGGCGCUAUCUCACACCAAGUCCCGCCUUCGGUCCAGCGUCAUCAUCAUCCUCCUCAUCGUUUGAUCACAUCAGCUCAACAGACAAGAUUUCAGACGGUGACAGUGCGAGCAGUCAGGCCAGCAGGAAUACGGACGUCACUCCUAACAGAGACACCCCAACCAAUCUGGGCUUCCCAGAAUUCCCUGCUGCCGACACAGAGGAAGGACAAUAUUACCAGAGUGUUCUACUGGCGGUGGAGAGGUGGUUCAGUUUCUUUGGGUGGCCUCGUGGACCGCACCCAAUCUCUGUGCCAAACACGCUCAGAGUUUUGCCAAAAGUUCAAAUGAAUCCUACUAGGAGACAGACUUAUCAAGCCAGUCAAAAUAGAGACUCCAGGUCUGUAGUGGACAUGCUUCAUCACCUGACUGGCAUACACAUUCCUGGCAUUCUUGUGUGUCAGACGUUUUCCACUGAUAUAAACCAACGCACCAAUCAGCAGCUACAGCAGCAUGAAGCUAUGCUUGCUUUUCUCAGUGUGCAGGGAGCCUGCCUCGGUCACAUCAGACCAGCGUACCUGCUGGACACGGAGGAGUUCAAACACUCCCUGCAGUCAAAUGAGGAAGAGCGUGGUCUGGACUACAGCAGUGUUAACUAUGAGUCUCUGAGCAAACGAUCCUGGACUGACGUGCUGCUGCAGAUAUACAGGGUGCUAGUGUUGUGUCGUGUGUCAGACAGCGGUUCAGCUUUGAACACGACUCUGAACCAUGACAACGAAACUGAAAUCCUCCCCUUCAGCUCUCAGUCACUAGUCAGUAAUGUCUAUUCAUCCUGUGAGUGCCACUUGCUCAGAUGGCUCCACAUGCAUUACAAGAGCAUGAGGACGAUUGUGUGGGGAACAGGUGGUGUCCCACCAGAACGCUGGAUAGUGAAUUUCGACCUGGACUUGACAGAUGGAUUGGUGCUCGCUGCUGUGCUCGCUGCAUACUGCCCUUACCUGAUCCACAGCCACUUCCGGAGGAUGUACACCAUGAUUAGCAGCCUGGAGCAGAACCUUCACAACAACAUUAUAGUGGCCCAGGCCUUAACUACACUCUCUCUCAACCUAGAUGUACAGCCCACAGACCUGUCAGACCCCAAUCCAGUACAGAUGUUAAUGUUAUGUGUUCAUCUGUAUGAGAGGCUGCCUCAGUUCCUGCCACUGGAGACCAUAACUCUAUCAGGAGACCUACACAGCACAUUCAGCAAACGGGUGCUUCUGAAAAACCCAUCCUCAAAGCCGAUCAAGUACCAGGUCUUCCUUUUCGGAGAGGAUGCCCAUCUCUUCUCCCUCCCUGGUGGAUCUUCUGUCACCAUUCCUUCAAAGGUUAGCGCUGAAGUGAGCGUCGAGGUCAGCUGCUCCUUCAUGCAGCCUGUGGAGGCGUUCCUCGUGCUGAUCUCCAGCUCUCCUUGUGGAUAUUACGGCAGAACUCUCACCUUCAAACUAAAGACCCACGUUAGUCGCAUCACACCCACAAACACUGUCAAGUGCAAGUCUCCAUGCUGCAAGCUGGAAAUCAUCCAAGUGCCUGUAACUAACCCUUUCAACAAACCAGCUGAAUUCAGUGUCGUGCUGGUGGAGUCUCGAUUCAACCCACUGAAGCCUGAAAAUAUAGACCGCCUCGUUGGACAGGCCUCGUCCAAAGCCAAUAUAAAGAUGACUGCAGACAAGAGCUGUGGGAAAGACAUGGACGAGAAGUGCUCAGGUAUCAAUGGUAAAGGCAGCGAGUUCAGGAGUUCAGUGAGAAAUGUUCAUCUGACUCCAGGCGAAGUUUACACUCUGAACAUCUUCUACCGGCCCAUCUGCAGCGGCACCAAGUACUGCUCUGUGCUGCUAGCUUGCCCACAGGUGGGAGAUAUGGUCUAUAUGGUAGAGGCCACAGCAGAGUUGCUACUUCACGUCCCUUCUCACUGCCAGGCCCAGACCUAACCAAGGAGGCAGGGGAAGCAUGGAGAAAAAAAAAAUAUAUAUAUAUACAUAUGUAUAAUUAACAACUAAAUGAAAUGGUUGUACUUAUCCAAUGGUUUGAACUAUAAACUAAUUUUGCAUUUAACAAUGUUUUUUGUUAAAAAUUACUGAAUUUUCCCAUUCAAAUACGUGUCAUGGCAGUCUUCUGCAUACCCCUUCAAAUAAAGUGUUACUG